AUGGCCCCCUGCCGCUCUCGGGCCGUCCUCUUCGACGGUGUCACUGUCACCGAACAUCACCACCGACGCGACGGCGCUUCUGUUCCCACCACUACCAGCACCAACACCACAGCUGGCGCUAUCACUGGCAACACUACCAUCACCACCAACACCAAUGCUGCUGGAACCUAUGGUCCAGGUAAUCAUUGCCAGGGCUGCACCUGUCCACGUCGCACCGUGCCUGUCGAAGAUGAAUCAAACAGAGAAACCUACGGUCGACAAGGUGGUGGCGGCUGCGGCUGCGGUUGUGGCUGCGGCAGUCGACCCAUUCCCAGCCCGGAGAUCGAGAUGCAUGACUAUUUCAAACCACACCUGUCGUCCGUCAACACUGACGACACCUACGGUCCCAAUGGAGCGAGCUUCAACAACAGCUGGGAGGUGCAUGAUGAUCUCAAUACUCGACUGACGAGCCGGAAUUUACGGCAUCAUGACAACGACAGUGCACGAGCAGAGCAUACUCGACUGGAAUACACCAUGUCGGCCAUCUACGAUGAUGACAGCGAUGACGAUAACAACAACAAUGAACAUCCAUGGUCGCAUUUCAUCAGUCGUGGCGACAGUCCGGAAUACAUGGCUCCGCCGACGACGGCGGAAGAUUCGUCAGGCAUGAUCCUUACGGGCCACAUGGAUGAUAGUUGUGGUUCCAUGUUCGUCGGGCACGGGCAGAGCGGGCCAAAUAGUGGUGAUCUCUCCAUGUUGUCGAGCUAUGAAGCAUCCUUCUCCAGAGGAAGUGUCACUGCUAGCCAGAUCCUGAGAGGUGCUGGGGCGGCUUUUGGCAACUGA